AUGGGUCCCCUUCUCGGGGGUAUCUUCACGAGUCUUGUUUCUUGGCGAUGGUGCUUCUACAUUAACCUUCCAUUGGGCGUGCCAGUGGUGGCAAUCCUAAUCUUCAUGCGUCUUCCCGAUCCCAAUGGCACAGACGGGGGCGGUCUGCAAGGAUUGAUCGACUCCGCCAGAUUAUUGGCUCGGACGGUCGAUCAUCUGGGACUGCUGCUGAUCGCCGGAUUCGCACUGAUGCUCCUGCUUCCACUACAAUGGGGCGGAAACACGUAUGAAUGGAAUAGCUCAGUCAUCAUUGGAAUGCUGUGCGGCGCAGUCGUUUGUCUGGGCAUUUUCAUCGGAUGGGAACGUUAUAUGGGAGUUCGCGCCAUGAUCCCAUUUCAUGUCAUCGGACAGCGAGUUAUGUAUUGCAGCUGCAUCUUUUUUUCCACUUUACUCACUUCCAUUGUGUUGCGGACAUUCUAUCUUCCAAUAUUCUUCCAGGCGGUGCAAGGCGACUCGGCUUUGAUGAGUGGCGUGAAAAUGCUUCCGAGUAUUGUGGCACAAAUCUGUGCCACACUGUGCUCGGGCAUCUCAGUACCAGUGGACAGAGUGGGCUAUUAUAUGCCCUUCGUCCUUGCGUGUAUUGUCUUCUCAGCCGUGGGCACAGGUCUCAUUUCAACUUUCAGAGUCGAUACCUCAACCGAUAGGUGGGUUGGAUAUCAGAUCUUACUCGGGUUUGGCACAGGGCUUGGGGUGCAAAUGCCGAUUCUCGCUAUACAGAAUGUGCUUAAAGCCGAAGAUUUGUCCGUUGGAAUGUCCACUCUCAUCUUCGCCAGAAAUAUUAUAGGCUCUAUUUUAAACUCGGUGGCAAGUUCAGUCUUCAACAGUGGCUUAAGAACCCAAAUUCAUCGUUAUGCCCCAUCUGUCGACCCAGAUGUGGUAAUAGAGGCAGGAGCCACCGGGAUAAGGGAAGUGGUUUCGGGAGGUGAGCUCAGGAAUGUCUUGAGGGGCUACGUAAUAGCGGUUGAUCAAGUUUACUACAUUACAUUGGCAUCUUUCGGAAUUUGCCUGUUUGUGGUUUGGGGAAUGGGGUGGAGAGAUGUUCGGAACAAUCCUCGAGUAAGCCGAAUGUCUUUAAUAACAGUAUAA